GUGAUUUCCUUCCGGCACGUCGCCCGCUCCGGGGGAGGGAGUGGGGGGUUUCACUUCCGGGACGGUGUUCCGGCCCAUUCCGGCCCAUUUCCACCCCCGGAGCUCUCACCCCUCCAGUGCCGACGGUAAAGACCUUACUCCAGGGGCUUCCUCCUCACUGGGGAAUUGCCGGAAAGAGCAAACCAAAAAGGCGCUGGUGUAGGCUCCAAAAUAAGCACAUCUGAAUUCAGGAUGGCAUCGACAGAGGCUCUUAUUGGAUUAAAAGUUUCAAAACAAACAAAAACGCUUUGGAAAAAGCAGGGUUGAAUGCCUGCCUACGCCCUCAGGCACGACCAUGGAGAAAGGAGGGAACAUACAGCUGGAGAUCCCUGACUUCAGCAACUCCGUCCUGAGCCAUCUAAACCAGCUGCGCAUGCAGGGCCGUCUCUGUGAUAUCGUGGUCAAUGUGCAAGGACAAGCUUUUCGGGCUCACAAAGUGGUACUAGCUGCCAGCUCCCCCUAUUUCCGAGAUCACAUGUCCUUGAAUGAGAUGAGUACUGUCUCCAUUUCAGUCAUCAAAAACCCUACUGUUUUUGAACAGCUCCUUUCUUUCUGUUAUACAGGGCGGAUAUGCCUACAACUGGCAGAUAUUAUCAGCUACUUGACAGCUGCCAGUUUUCUGCAGAUGCAGCAUAUUAUAGACAAAUGUACACAGAUCCUGGAGGGCAUUCAUUUCAAAAUUAACGUGGGUGAGGUUGAAGCAGAAUUAAGUCAAACGAGGACAAAGCAUCCAGAGAGACCUCCAGAGUCUCACAGGGUCACCCCAAAUCUAAACCGCUCCCUCAGCCCACGACAUAAUGCCCCAAAGGGAAACUGGCGAGGUCAGGUUAGUGCUGUGCUGGAUAUCAGGGAGCUCAGUCCUCCUGAGGAGUCCACCAGCCCACAGGUAAUUGAACAGAGUUCUGAUGUAGAGAGCCGGGAGCCCAUUCUUCGGAUCAACAGAGCAGGACAGUGGUACGUGGAGACAGGAGUAGCAGACCGAGGGGCCCGGAGUGAUGAUGAAGUGAGGGUUCUUGGAGCAGUACACAUCAAAACUGAAAGUUUCGAGGAGUGGCUUGGGCCUGAGAAUCAGCCUUCUGGAGAAGAUGGGAGUAGUGCAGAGGAAGUCACAGCCAUGGUGAUUGACACCACCGGCCAUGGUUCUGUAGGACAGGAAAAUUACACUUUAGGAUCUUCGGGAGCCAAAGUGGCUCGGCCAACGAGCAGUGAAAUUGACAGAUUUAGCCCCUCCGGCAGUGUUGUUCCCUUGACUGAGAGACACAGAGCCAGAAGUGAGUCUCCUGGGAGAAUGGAUGAGCCUAAGCUGCCCAGCUCCCAGGUAGAAGAGUCAGCAAUGAUGGGAGUAAGUGGCUAUGUGGAGUAUCUCCGAGAGCAGGAAGUAUCUGAGCGGUGGUUCCGGUACAACCCCCGUCUCACCUGCAUCUACUGCGCCAAAUCUUUCAACCAGAAGGGGAGCCUGGACCGCCACAUGCGCCUGCACAUGGGGAUCACACCAUUCGUCUGCCGCAUGUGUGGCAAGAAAUAUACCCGGAAAGACCAGCUGGAGUAUCAUAUCCGCAAGCACACAGGCAACAAGCCCUUUCACUGUCAUGUUUGUGGCAAAAGUUUCCCCUUCCAGGCCAUCUUGAAUCAGCACUUUCGCAAAAAUCACCCUGGCUGUAUACCCCUGGAGGGGCCUCAUAGCAUCUCUCCUGAAACAACUGUCACAUCUCGAGGACAGGCUGAGGAAGAGUCACCUUCACAAGAAGAGACAGUUGCUCCUGGGGAAACAGCCCAGGGCUCUGUGUCCACCACUGGGCCAGAUUGAAACAUUGAGGGGGAGGGGGAACACCCUCUUCCCCUUUGGGCCGUAAGCAGCCAGCAUCAGGGCCGUGGGCUGGUACUUAGAUUCACAAAAUGCCACAUCACUAGAUCGGAAGAUGCUCCCAAGAUGUUGCCAAACUAGAGGAUCAGCAACAUACGCAAAAGCGCUCUUCCCCCGAUCCUUCCCACCUCACACUUUCGAAAAUAAUCAAGCAAAUCAACUUUCUAAUUCAGGGAUCAACAGCCUUGGUUUGUUAACUUUAUAAGAGAAAAAUUUUUUAACAAAACAGUGAUAAAUGGUCAUUUAUCUACCAGUCAUGUUUGAACACUGUACUUUGGUCCAUACAUCCUGGUGGCUGUAAUUGCCCAGAUCUAAAACCGCAGCAGGAGCCUUGGUCAUCUGAACCAGCCAGACACAAGAGAGAAGGAAGUAAUCAUGAUGGUGAUGAAGAGGAGGAAUUUCUUCUCUUCCUUCCCUGCCAGAACAUGAAGUUUCACAUUUCAAGAAAACAAAAGAUCCUGGUAGCUCUUACUGUUUUGGAAGGUUAGACCUUAUCUUGGUCUUGACUCGGCAUCUGAUACUUGCCUGAUUGUUUCGUGUAAGCAGCGACCUUGGAGCAGUAUUCUAGUGGGCAGCAUCACCUGAAGCACUUUAGGCAACUGGAAGUGAAGUGAGCAGCAAAGUGUUUGCAGAUACCUCCACAUCAUGGCUGAUGAAUGGAGUAGGUCCACACCUGGGAUCUGAGCCCGUGAACCCCGGGCUGCCGAAGUGGAGUGAGCAGAAAUUUAACCACUCGGCCAUGGGGCAGGCCGCAGUACUGUGGUCUUGAAUUGGAAAAGAGAAGAAGUCAGGAGAAAGAGAACCUGUCGAUUGACAAAAUGUUCUUUUCAGCAUCACAAGUCUAAACUAUUUCAGGCCAAUCACAACAACCUGAGUGAGUAGAAAUUCCUUAAAGUUUAGGUUUCUGAUUUAAGCCACAUCUUAAAGCAGAUGUUUAUGACAUAUUUGAAGAUGACCUACUGAGUUUCCUAUAAAGUAAUAGAAUCCUAACUAUAGUGGUUCUUUAAGAACCACUGCAAAAACAGAAUUACCACACAGGGAACAAAGCUUAAAAUGUGUUUCCUCUGGAAGCCAAGAUGCUCAAACAGGGGUCACUAAAAAUGUGACUGAAGUCCACCUCUAGAAUGGCUGUCAGUCAGGUAGCAGAGAUAGUGAGAAUUUAUAUGGUAUUUCUAAUGUUUUUACAAAAAAUAUUUUAAAUCAUUUAACUUGAAGUUUUAAAAAGUGAGCCUGCUUUCUUUUUGGAAAACUGGCCCAAUAAAAAUAACACUAAUAUAAUUUAAUUGUAUAUGCAUGUGCAUUGAACACAGAGUGGUAUACUAAAGAUAGUUCAUGCAAAUAACUUUUGUGGGAAGUUUAGCUAUUUUCUUAAUAUCUUUUUCAUAAAUGUAUGUUUAUAAAUAUAUUUACUCAUCCACUAUGACCUUGGUAGCACUAGAAGCAUUUUGUCAGCUAUAUCAUUGAUUCUAAAAAUCAAAUUCUUGGCAUGGUAGGCUAUGAGAGCUUUUUGUUGCUUUGUUUAUAUUUCAGCUAAGAAAAUAAUUUCUUGCACUUUCUAUUUAUAAAGAUGUUAUAAUACAUUGCACCCACUUAGUGCAGCUGUUCUUUAGAGACAAAGAUGUAGGAAUAUAUGUUUAAAAGCCUGGUGAAAGGAGGAACCUCAGAAUAACAGAUUUGGCUUGCAUCUACCUGAGAUGAGCUGGGGUAUAGAUAAAAUUUAGAUUGCAAGGAGCUGUUGGGAUAGGCGUGCUCUUGCUGCAAGUUGCAAUAUGAGUUGCCAGCUCUGUGUAUGUGGCUUUAUGUGUGUAUGUGAGAAAAAGGUGUCUGAUGAAGGCAGAUAAGUCAAUAUAGAAUAUUCUACCUCCCAUUAAAGACUGAGCAUAUUCCAAGAUUGCCCUGUAGCCUUUUGGGCAGGAGGCUGGAUUCCCCAGCCACUGUCCACCCCAUUCUUUUUUGUACUCGCUUCAGCUCCUCUACCUCUGAGCCCUUGGCUGAAGAAAGAGUGUAGCUUUCUGUAGCAAGCAAAGGAAAACCAGGCGCAAAAUACAGAGGCUGCAGUAUCUCAGUUCUCCUUGUCAUGUUCAGAUGUUAAUGUUUGGUUUUGUUGCCCAAAUCAAACAACAUCUGAACACUUGGGUUUAGUGCUUUUAUCCACUGGCUUCUGUUUGGCAAGAGUAGCCAGUGGAAAUGGAGUCUUUCUGUUGUUUUUAAAGAUGCACCCAAUUCCUUUUAAUGAUGUGAAACAUUUAUUUGAAUCCUGAGGGUUUUUUUUCAAUUGCCAUUUGCAGUCCACUUUUGGGGGACUGGAAUAUUAACCAUAUUUUCCUGAUAAUGAGCCUUCUGCCAAUACCUUAACAUGGAGGUAUGCAUGACAUGGAUUUUUGGAUGACUUGUUUUGCUGGUAGUCACUCCAAAGAGAGAGAUUCCUGUUUUUAAUGCCGAUACUGGUAAAAUAGUCAAGAUGGCCUUGCUUUAAUGUAAGGGUCAGGAAAUUCCAUUCAGUAGUAAAAUGCCAGCAAACAGACCACCUAAUUUUUAAAUCCAGUUGUAGCGCUCACCUAACUUGCUCUUUGGGACACUACUACACUGAGCCAAUCAGGUUACCUACCUUUUGAACAUUUGUUACAGCUGAAGAAGGACUAGUGGCCCUUUAAUAAAUAGCGCAGAAUGCUUUGCACCUGUUUCUCCUAAUGCACUGGCUGGUUGUAAUGUCAACAGGGAUUCUCUGGUUAGGAGUGAAAAUAAGAGAGCCAUCCAUUUUCAGAUUUUUAGAGGUUUGGCAUCUGUGUUUUAGGUACUAGCUGACAAGUAUUUACUUUUCUGGUGAUUGGGUAGGGCAUUUAUCAUACAGACAGUGUGAAAUUCCAAAUAAUGAGACAAGCAUUACUCGUAGGUGACAACUGAUGGUGGUAACCUCUGCCCGAGUACAGUAUGAACCCUGUAGGGAGAUGAGGAAGUCAAGUCAUGUGAAUCUAUUCACCACAGCUAUUUUUUUCCUAACUGUAGAAUAAUUGUCAGCCUACAAGCCAUGCUAGUAUCCUAGACUCAGGAAUUAACUCCUGCUUAGGAGUAUUCUUCCCUCUGGCUCAUCUUUUGUUUGUGCCCAGAGUCUUGUUCUAGACCUGUCCCCAGCUGUUUUGCUGUAACACACACUUAAGGAGCAGUCUUACCUAAAUCAGUAAGUUACUGUUGGCAGUGCAGCCUAUUACUGCCAAAGUGAUUUCUUUAAAAAUAAGCAAAGAAAGUGAGGAAUGCCUAGGUGAUUUCUUUGAGGCAUGUUAAAUCUAUGAAUCUGGGAGCAAGCGUGGAGUCUUUCUUCCCUCUGCUUAGGUGAACAUUGGCAUUAAUGCUUUCUCUUCAGAGCCCAUUGACCUGGGCCUGUAGUUCUCCAUUUUGGCUGCACGUUAGAAUCACCUGGGGCAUUUCAAAAAUUACUGAUGCUUGGGGCCUCCUCCAGACGUUCACCUUUAAUUGGUCUGCUGCGCCACCUGGGCUUUCAAAGCUCCCCAGAUGAUUCUAAUGGACAGCCAAGGUUGAGAAUCACUGUCUAGAUAAUCCUGAGUGGUCUUUGGCAGAAUAACCUCAGUCUGGUUCUUCUUGUCAUAAGAUAUAGUAUGCCAGGCAUGGCUCUGAGUUUAAAGCUUACAGCUGGCCAGGGCUCAGGUGGUAAAAUGGAUCAUCCAUUUGUCCUCAGAGUAAUUCUGGAGAGAGAUGUUGCCAUCCAUCCAUUUUCUUCUCUAUACCAAAUAGAAAGUUUGCGUAAGUAAGCAAAACAGAUUUUGAAAGUCUGGUCUCUAGAAUCCUCUUUCCUUUGCAUAUGUGAUUUGAGGAGAUUUCUCAACUCUUCCAGCUACAAUAGAGCAUUUGAACUUAUUAAAAGAGCCAAGCCCAAGCCGCCUAUUCGUAAGAUAAACAGGUAGCACUGUUAAAGGUAAUGGAGAAAAAGACAGAUCCUUCCUGGGGUGAUGGUGACACAUUGGGUUAUUUGUCUAUUAGCCUGUCUUCUAAGUGGGAUUUCAGUGUAAAGUGACUUUCACUUUUCCUUGUUUCUUGUGAAUGAAAUGCACUAGCUAAGGCUUUAAAUAGUUCUGAAUUUUAUGUGAAAUGUGAAAUGCGUCAUUUUAGCAUCUUUGUUCCAGGAUGUCAAAGACCUAACCCAAUAAUUCCCAAAUGAGGUUCCAUAUCUUUCAUGCUUCCCACCCGUGGAACCUCACACAUGGUAGUAGGGAGGGGAAAACUAAUUUGAGUACCCUCAAAGAGUGAGAGCCACUGUUCAAACUAACUAGCUACCAAGUGAUUUUUAAUUCAUGAAAGAAAUCGUGUUUAAGAGCAAGUUCAAAUGUAGUAAUCUCUCUUCUGAGAGAAUUCUGGGCACCAUAGAAAUUUUCAUUCAUAUAUUGCCUACAAAUAAUGGGUAAUUUAAAUUUCAAAUAGGUGGUGUGUUCAAGAAGAAAAAAUGGGUGGAAGGAAAGAUUGGUUAGUGCAGAGGUCUAAAUUAGCAUCAGGCUAUGAAAUUUCAUUAGAAUAAUAUUAAGGCCUGGAUGUUUGCUUAGCAUGUAAAUACAGCAAUGCCAGUUAGAAAAAAUGUCUCCUAUGCCUUAGAAAAUUUGCAAAGGCUUCCUGAUAUGGAGUGAAAUAGAAAAGCAGUAGCCUGUGGGACUUGUAUGCAUCCAGAGAGUAGCCCUAGACUUUUCAUACUGAAGAACAUUGUAGAGUACUGUGAACUUUGUUGAACUUUAUGCAAAUUGUACCGCACUGGAUUUUAAGAUUUUAGGGGGGAGAGUAGAAGAGGAGGAUGGGAAAGUAAUGGUAAAAAAUAAGCAUGUAAACUCGUGCUUUAAGCAAGGAAUGAAACAAAUUCCCUUUCAGGAUUUCUCCAUCAGGACUGUGACUUUCUGUCAAGUUCUUCUGCCCUACUAGAUUGGCUGGUGAUUCCUCCUAAAUCUCUAAGAAAUCCUUUCUGAAAGCGCUAAACAAAUGCUUGUCUGACUACCGUUUCACCACCCUGCCCCAUCCCCGUACUCUUAACAAAAGAAAAUCAUUCCCAGACUAUCGGCAGAAGACAUGUGUUUUGUCUUGAUCUAUUAACUUUUCAUCUGCUAUGGUCUGUGUUCACAGUCUUAGCCCAUGGCAUUAUUUUGUGAUCUAAGGGCAGAACUUAAAUAGAUCUGCCAGUUCAGUCAGGAACCAAUGGCUUCUCCAUUAAGAAAUCUUAAAAUCAGAACUUUCCAUUUUUGGCAUGUCAGUGUAAGUGAGUAAAGGGAGAAGUACAUUGGAAGAGCACUUAGAUUUCCUAGCUCCUCAGAAUUUCCAGGUGGGCCCCACUCAUGCUCUGCCUCUGAGAGAAGAGAAGGCUGAGGGUUCAAAGAUGGAAAAGUCAAUGUAGCCGAAAUUCGGUUUCCUUCAGAUGGACACAAUCUGAAGGAAAUCUGUCCACCUGUUCUCUAUGGUGCUUAUAAGGUGGGUGACAGCUGUCUCCCAUCCACUUGUCCCUGGCACUGUGCCUUCCCACUGGUCACUGUGAAAAGUAGAUCACACUGGACUCAGAGGCCAGAAUCCAGGACAAUUCCCCCUUUCCAUCUUGAGCCCAUCACUUCUCCAUACAGCUAAUAAUGUAGCAUUUACUUCUCUUUGGAAAACUCUUGGGUUUGUCCCCCAAGAAAUAGUAAAGCAUUUAAAGGAAAACAGUCAGAAAAUAAGAUUCUGGUGGUAGCUAUCGAAUAAAGAGAUUAUAGGAAAUUUCACUUCCCCUCAGCUGAUACUGAUCGAGAGCAGCGAUCAACUAUGCCCCCUCUUCCUGAGUUUUUAAAGGCUACCAUAAUAUUUGUAAGCAACAAACUUAGCUAACAUUUUUUCACAACUUGUUAAUCAAGGAUUCAUGUUAAAACAGACAAUCAAUUUCUAAAAUGUUGUUAUCCCUGAAAGGGAAUGAGAUAGAGUUUUUAACUGUAACUACCGGUCUGUUUUUUCCCUUUGAAAAAACUAACAUUUGAGGUUUGUGUCUUUCGUCUGAAGCAAUUGCUCCAUUAGUAAAGAUGCCUCAGAAGUCAGUGAACCAGGCUAGCGCCCUGGCACCUCUGAGGAUGCUGGACUGGGUUUGUGCAUCUUAUUUCCUUAGAGAAUAUCUGUUUUUAUUAUGACCUUAAUUAUAAAUACCUAUAUAUAGGAAUAGCAUUUUCUCUCACCCCACCCUCUUUUAAUCAUUAUCAUGUAAGUGUAAACCACACUUCCCCCCACCCCCUUAUCCUGAAAAAAUGCACUUUAAUUCCUAAGGAGAGUGGCUGUUCCUGGCCCUGAAGCCAGAUUGCUUCAGGAGGAGAUUUGAGGAGGGAGAACUCUUGCCAGGCCCUAUGAAAUUAACCAAAUUCCUUAAAGUAAACACACAAAUAAUAACAUCCGCUUUUAAGCUGCCCCACCCCCUGCCAAAGGGAAAAAGAAACAACCAAAAUGAAAAAGUUAAAAAUGCCUACCCUAAUUUUAGAAGUUUCACUGGAGAAAAUACCCAACAUUUAGUUAUUUUCUCAGCUACCAAAUUGUCAGAAACUUCUGGGUGGUUUUGUGGGAGGCAGAGAUUUUUUUUUUAUUAAGAAGUCAAGUGAAAACACAAAGGCUAUAAGGUAUCCUGAUUUGUGUCAUUUCUAAGUAUCAGAUUUGUUCUCUCCCUCCGUUUGACAGGUGUCCUCAGUCUCUCCUCCUGUAGGUUCUGUCCUUCCCUGAUGACAAAGCCAAUAGUCCUUGGUGGGGUUGCAUGUCUCCUAGAGCCCCAGAGCCCUGUCGUGUCGGGGGAGGGGUAGGGCAGGAGGGUGGGCAGAGGCGGGCUGGGGGAGGGAGAUACAGAGAAAGAGUGAAGAUAGGGGUUUAUAUAAACAUAUUUAAAGCAGUUUAGCAAAAGCUUUCUCAUUGAACAGCUUUAAGAACAAUGUGAAUGAAAUCUUAGCAACUUGGUUGGUAAUCUGAAAAGUCUAUUAAUGUAUACUUGAAAUUCUGUUUGUAUAAAAAAACAUUUUCCUCUUUAUUUUAACACUGUGUAAAAGAACAUUAUGCAUGUGAGUGGUUUGAGAAUUAAAUGGUUUAAUACUCAGAUUUGAAUCUCUGUCUUUUCUCUAUAGAGGUUACGUUGUUUUAAAUUUUUGGAUUGUUUUGCUAUGAUGAGAAUACCAAGAUUUCAAGCUCCCCUUGCCCUUUCAGGAUGCCUACCAUCUUUCAAGAUG